AUGUUACUUACUCCUUUGGUUGAAAAACGUCUUAAACGUCAAAUUGAAAAUGCUAUAACAGAAUAUAUGAAAAAAGCAAUUACAUUUGUUCAAGAAACGAUUUGUCGAGUUCAAUCGCAAGUUGUUGAAAUGCAACAAGCGACUACUGCUGAUAGGCAAGUUGCAUCACCUGCUGAUGAGGAAGAGUUAAAAGCUAAGGAGGCUUGGAGGUCUGAGGCCUUUAAUCCAGCAA